GAUUGUCUUGUACAGGAAACAGUAAUUGAUAAUUGUAAUAAAUUAUGUUCUGUGGAAAGUAUUUUAGAGACACUGUGUGGGAUGGUGACCAUGCCAUGAAGAUUUUUACCUUUCUGAAGAGGGUGUUUAAAGAUUUAAAAAUAAUUAUCAAUGAAGAAUAUUAUUGUCAGAUGAGGAGAAUUAUGAUAGGGAAGUUAUGAAAUAUCAAACAAAUGCACCAAAGGAAAAUUGUUAAUAUUGCAGCAUUAUUUUUUCAAAAUAAGUCCAAUCUUGUACCAUCAAUUCCAAGGGAGUUAAAACAAUGGCACUGUGGAUGUGUUUGAGGGGGCCAGUAAGGGGAAACAUCAAGUCAAUCAUAGAUGAAUAGUUUGGCAAAAAAUCACAUAUUAUGUGAAAUUACUUUUAUACAUGCAUUUGUUAAAAGAUAUCUUAUAAUAAGAAUUCAUUUCUACUAUAUUAGCCAUAAUUCUAAUCACAGUGAAGAUUAACCCAGGUUAUCUUAUGCGGUUUAGUAAGCCAGAGACCCAGGUCCUUGAAAUCAAGAGCUGAAGUUGGAUCUUUGGAAAGUGUCCCUAUUCCUUGGUCUCUUCUCCCUGGAAUUUCCUUAAGAGCGUUCACUUCUUAUAAAGUUUUAGUGACUACAAAAAUAUGUAUAUAGACAUCCCAACCUUCCACGAUUUCUCAACUCUGUCCCUACACUUGUCACCGGCACUGCGCGUUUAUCGCCCUCCAAAACUUUCACACCAACCACUUUCAAACAUUUUCGCAAACUCACCUUUAUUUUUUUUUUCUUCACUUAUCCUUAAAAAUAAACCCACACAGCCUGCAAAAAUCGACCUCACUUAACAAGUCAGGAUUCAGCACAUAACCGGACUACGAUUUCGAACUAAACACAACGGCUGUAUUUAAAAUACGUAAGGUAAGGGAGUUUAGUGCGAAAGCAAGAAGGUGCGUGCACUGCAGCAAGCCAGCAAUUCCCACGAUCAAUCGACGUAGUUCGUGGCCCCUGCAACGGAAAUUUUCACGCUGUAGAAAGUUUCAGAAGUCGUGCAACGAACAUGGACAUCUAAAAUGUAAGCUUGGCGUCGUAGGGAAAGUGAAAGUCAUGCAUCGCGUAUCGUAUCAGCAAUAAAAAUUUACGAUACCUUGGAAAGAUCCGCCCUAAAAAUUCAUCGGAGAGUGUUUGUUUCUUGUAGUCGUGCUAAAGGUUGCAAUUUUGCGGGUUGUUAACAUUUUGUUCUGAAACUUUCGUCGAGAAACUUUCCCCGUUGAACGCGCUACGCAACUAUGGCAAUCGAUGAGGAAAACUACGUCGUGUAAGAAAACACGAGAGUCACCCGGCAGCUUCUCUUCGCUGAUUGGCCAGAAAAAAUUUUUUCUGGCCAAUCAGAAGCAGGCAAUUCAAACGCUUCUGGAACUGGUUCGGUAAGAGUAAGUGCCCAGGGGCUCGUCUCGAUCUUACAGUAAACUUUCACUACGAACAUUUUAUCGACCCGACCAACUGCCCCUGGGUCUCCGAGGAUGUCGACGUAUUAGCCAUUAAAGAGUGCAACACAACCGGAGUUAAGUGUGGAAAUUGCGACAAACGUAGCAAAGAAAGCCAUUAUUGUUUCCAGUGUUGUGCGUUCUGGUGCGGAGAGUGCAUCACUUUCCACAAUGGGAUGAAAGCCAAUAAAGAUCACUAUGCGCUGGCAUUGGAAGACUUUCAAGAUCAUGACUUUGAGAACAUUUUAAAGCGGCCAACAUUUUGUGCGAUACCAGGCCACGAGAAAAAGGAGACAGAAUUCUUCUGCAAUACCUGCGAAGUCGCAAUCUGCAACGCUUGUGCGUUAACGAAUCAUGAUGGGCACGGAAAGAUUCUUCUGGAACAAGCUGCAAAUGAGCGGAAGUUAAGAGUUAAAUCUGCAAUUGAAUCUCAGAGAAAAAGAGCUCAGACAAAGAGAAGCAAAAUCACCAAACUUGACGAAAGCCUUAUUGAAGUUCAACAACAAGCCGCUCGUGGGAAGAGAAACGUACAAGAGUAUGCUGACAGCAUCAUUGCAGCCAUUGAAGCAAAGAAACUGGAGAUCUUUGAUGAUGUGGAACGAAGGACAAAAGCAUCUCUUCAAGACAUAGGAAAGCAAAAGGAGGAGAUUGAAGAAUAA